GUUGCUCAUGCGAUUAAAAGAUAUAUUAGAAUUGGAUGUGAACUUACUGAUAGAACAAAUAUUGAAACGGCACUUCAGAAUCUAAGCGGAACAUCGGUAGCACAUAUCGAGCCAACUCGUAAUAAAACAUCAGCCUUGUCAGCCGAACAAGAUAAUAUAAGAAUAGAUUCAGAAUCACCCAA